AUGCCUCCCGAAGCAGAAGCAGAAGUACCAGUAUCGUUUCAGCGCACUCUCAACAACGUCCUCAACGCCAACUACAACCCUAAAACGACGCAAUAUCAGCGGGGCAAACGACCCGAGGAUCACCCCAUUCAAUCGCCUUUGCGAUUCUACGAUCGACAUAUCUCUCCCAGCGAAUCUUUGCGCAGCAUCGUACCACUGCCUUCUAUUCCGCAUCUUCUAUCCGAAAUAUGUGAUACCGCUAUCGAGGAAUUCAAAGCGAAAGGCUACAAUUUCCCUCCCAACGUCCACGCCUUGGAUAUACCUGCGAUUGAAUUCACCGACUCUGCUAGUGUCAGACUGCAUUAUCUAACGUACAUAGGGUCGCUUUGCAUUGCGUAUCUUUCCAAGCUAUGUGUCCAUCCUGAUACCGAGUCCUGGCAAACCGUCUUUACCUUUAUCCAAUUUUUGGAGACUGAUACAUUCUAUGCGUCUAAAGCGUAUCUAACGGUGACUCUGGAUGCAGAGGCAAGGGCAGUCAGACUGCACGACGAAAUUAAAGGGAAGCUGUCGCAACCUACUCUCGAGAAUCUAACAGCACUUUUAUUCAAGAUGCCCAAGAUGGCUGCUUGGCACACGUUUCCUAUGCUCGAGACUUUUACAACAAUUUUUCAUAAUGUGACCAAGCACGUCAGCUCUCUUAGCUGGCCGAUAUCACGGACCACUGGAUACCGUUUCACGGCUCGAACGAUUCCACCUCCCGAUUCAAAGAUAUUGGGCAAUAGGCUACCUGUUCCCCGUGCGUAUCACAAAGCAAGAUUAGAACCAGGCGAGUCGGGUUCAAAUAGAAAACGGGUCGAAAAAUACAGCAAAACUAUCACCGUCCCUUAUCCUACGCAGCGCAAGCAAUAUCGCCCUGACUUGCGGACUUAUCUACAACAUGUCUGGGCUGAUGCUGCAAUGCACGAUAUAACAUUUAUCGUCCUGCACUGUGGCCGUUAUGAACGCAUCGGUAUUCGACAUAGGGCAUCCCAGACCCUGUAUUUAUCAGACGUAAUUGAUACAGUCAAUAUUAAAGACCCUCACUAUCGGAAGAUUCACAUUGGCCUCUACAUUGCCACAUUGCAAGACGCGUUGGAGCGUAUGAAACUAAAGAAUACUGGCGACGACAAGGUGGAUACCAAGGGCAAAAAGCGUUUCUCGGUCAACGUGGAUGAUUCAGAGUCCUCUCGCCCAAAGAAACGACGCAGAGCAUCCUCUUCUACUCCAUCGUCUAAUAUUGGCAAGUACCUCAUCGAUCGUAAACUGGCCCUUGUUAGCUUGGAUUAUGGCCCCUUCUCAUCUUCCGUGCCCUCUUCAUUCGUACGCAUCGGGGAAUCAUGCAAGCGUACACAUUCCCGGGAGGCUACAGACUGGGUCAAGGACCCAACAAAGCAGCGAAAGUAUGCUGCACACGAAUAUUUUACCCUGACAUUAUUGGCGCCUUUGGGUGAUGGUUCGGUCGGUGUCUCUCAUCCUGCGCAGGCAGAAGUAAUACUGGAAUCCGGAGAAGUCAUCACAGAAACACUUGUUCUCAAGCUGGCUUUCAAUGAAAAAACACAGAAGAGGAUGAGACAUGAAUUUGAUAUUUAUUGUCGAAUGUCACGCACGGGCAUCGAAGGGAUUGUGGAUGUGCAUGGGCUAUUUUUUGAUGCGGAAUCGAACACGCUAGGUCUUCUCAUGGCUCAUGGCGGCGAAACGCUUCGCAACCGAGAUUUUGCGCGGACGGGGAUAUAUGGCGAGAAGAUCAAUGGCACAGCCGCAGAAAAGAAGGCAUUUGAGGAUAUUAUCAGAAAUAUUCACGAGGCAGACAUCAGCCAUCAUGACAUCAGGCCUGAGAAUAUGACCAUUCGUUCAGACGGCAAGGCCUUUCUCAUAGACUUUGAUAGUGCUCUUUAUCAUUCUCCCUUCCGGUCUUUGGAUGAGCAGUUGGAAAAUCUGGAUGAUAUCUUUCAUAAACCACUCUUGUGA